UCCAAAAAUCUCCACCCUUAGGCUGAAAACCCCCAAAGAAGUUUUGUGCCAAGGAGGGGAAGAGAGGAGUCGGAGCAAGGCAGGCGCAGUCCCCCCUCCUCCGCGCCCCACCCCCAAGCCCUGCGGCCAGCGCCUCCCGCGCCCGGGCUCCUCGCCCUGGGGGACAGCUGGCAGCCCCGCGCCGGACCAGACACAAAGCCGAUCAAUCCCGGCGGCGCGGGGGCGGGGGCCGCCCGCCCCGCCAGGGCUUCCCUUCCGCCCGUCGCCUCCUCCGGCCCCCUCAUUAGGACCCAGCCGACACCUCGUCCGGCUUCCUCGGCCCGCCCCGUCCCAACCUCCCCCACACGCCCCCCCCCAAAAAAAGAACUGUCCAGACCCCCGCCCCCCCAGGUCCCUGGUUAGGCCAGACCCGCCUCUAGGCAGCCGGCUAAGAAGACGCCCCUGGAAGGGGGAAACUGACAUGCCAUCAGGCCCCGCCCCGCCCCUCCCCCGCACGAGUCGCUCCUCUCCCGCGCGGAGAAGUUCAGUGCCCCCCCGGGCUGCCUCCCGCGCUCCCGCGCUCCCGCCGCCGGGACCCUCGGCUUCCGAGGAGCCGGCAGCUCCCGACCCCGCGAAGAUGGCGAGGAGGAGCCGCCACCGCCUCCUCCUGCUGGUGCUGCGCUACCUGGUGGUCGCCCUGGACUAUCAUAAGGCCUAUGGAUUCUCUGCCUCAAAAGAUCAUCAAGUAGUCACAGCAAUAGAGUAUCAAGAGGUUAUUUUAGCCUGUAAAUACCCAAAGAAGACCAUUUCCUCCAGAUUGGAGUGGAAGAAGCUGGGGCGCAGUGUCUCCUUUGUCUACUAUCAACAGGCUCUUCAAGGAGAUUUUAAAGAUCGGGCUGAGAUGAUAGAUUUCAGCAUACGGAUCAAAAAUGUUACGAGAAGUGAUGCCGGGAAGUAUCGUUGUGAAGUUAGCGCCCCAUCUGAACAAGGUCAAAACCUGGAAGAGGAUACACUCACUCUAGAAGUAUUAGUGGCUCCGGCAGUUCCAUCAUGUGAAGUACCCAGUUCUGCACUGCGUGGAACUGUGGUGGAGUUGCGAUGUCAAGACAAAGAAGGCAACCCGGCUCCUGAAUACACGUGGUUUAAGGAUGGCAUCCGUUUGCUAGAGAAUCCAAAACUUGGCUCCCCAAGUGCCAACAGCUCAUACACAAUGAAUACGAAAUCUGGAACUCUGCAAUUUAAUACUGUUUCAAAACUGGACAGUGGAGAAUAUUCCUGCGAAGCCCGUAAUUCUGUUGGACAUCGCAGGUGUCCUGGGAAACGAAUGCAAGUAGAUGAUCUCAACAUAAGUGGCAUCAUAGCAGCUGUAGUAGUUGUGGCCUUAGUGAUUUCUGUCUGUGGCCUUGGCGUGUGCUAUGCUCAGAGGAAAGGCUACUUUUCAAAAGAAACCUCCUUCCAGAAGAGUAGUUCUGCAUCUAAAGCCACUGCAAUGAGUGAAAAUGAUUUCAAGCACACAAAAUCCUUUAUAAUUUAAAAGAAUUCCACCUUUGCGAUGCACCAAAACCACAGUUGUUGCACUAUUAAAAGAUUGUAAAACUC